AUGUGGAGAGGUUUGAGUGUGCUAACUCCCACCCCUCAGUGAGUGAACAAAAUUUUUUUGUUUAAUCACGGAGGGGGGGUUAAUUUUAUUUUUUUAAAAAAUUUAUAUGUAAAUUUUAUAGAAUUUUUUUUUUCGAAAUUUAAAAAAAUCCUAAUUUCGCAAAAAUUGGAAAUCAAAUAUUAAUUUAAUUUAUAAAAUUUAUGUUUUAAAAAGCAAUUUGUUUAAAAUUAAACAGAAUUAGCUCUAGAUUUCAUUUACUAAUUAUCAGUUAUAUAUCAAAUUUCCCUCCAUAAAAAAAUUUUUGUUCACUUACGGAGGGUGGGUUUUUGGGCAAAAAAAUUGCGAUUUUUCUAAUGGUUUUGUUCACUCAUGGAGGGGGGGAGUAAGCUCUUUAGGGCUCUUCACAUACGCCCCAGCUAUGAUGCUUCCUCAAGACAAAACUGGAAAAGUCAGCUACCCUGCUAACAACCCUAUAGAAGACCGCUUUGUAAGCAAAAAACUAAAAUCCUUCAACGCAAGAUGUUCAGCUGUUUUCGAUGGACACGGUGGAUGGCAAAUUUCUGACUUUUUAUAUCACAAUAUCAUCCAGACCAUUGAGGACAAUUACAAGCUUGUCAAGUCAGACCCUAAAAAAUCAGUCCACACCAUCCUUGAAAAAUCAUUUGAUUCCUUAGAAGAACGCAUCGUAAAUGCUGCUCGGGACUCUUACAAGAUGGGCUUUGCCAAUGUCGCAAGCACAGGAUCUUGUGCUAUUGUCGCGAUCGUUUUUGAAGACCUUUAUGCAGUUGCAAAUGCAGGAGAUUGUCAAGCUGUCCUUGUAAAACAAGUUGAAGGCCAAGUUAUAGGGGAAAACAUAUGUGAAGUGCACUCCUCAAACUUGCCAAGUGAGCAAGAAAAGCUAGCAAGAGCUCAUCCUGGCGAGCCUGACAUCGUAAGAUGCAAACAUAGAGAUGCGUGCUAUGUAAAAGGAAGACUUAUGCCAACAAGAGCUUUUGGAGACUUAGGCUUAAAACAUGACGAAUUUAACAACCCAAGACAGCUGGAUAUGACACAUGGCUUUAGAAGGUCAAGGAUCCAAAAAUUCACUGGUCCUUAUAUCACUCAUAAGCCAGAUAUUAAAGUAAGAAAAAUCGAAGAAGGCGACAAGUUCAUUAUUUUGGCAAGUGACGGACUGUGGGACGAAAUGAGUGAGCAAGAAGCAGCAGCGCUGAUUUACUCGAUUGAUGAUCCGAAAGAAGCAGCUGAGAAGCUAUUGCAGUCUGCCUUGGAUAUUGCGGCAAACAAGAGAGGGAUGUCGAAAGUUACGAUGGGGCAGCUUCCUCUGGGGAUAAGGAGAAGCUAUCAUGAUGAUAUCACGAUUGUUGUAGUUCCUUUAAAAUAA